AUGAGACCAUUGGAAAGACCCAUUGGCUGGACACACAAGGAAGCAGAGAUGCACGUUGGUCCCCAGCCCGACGAGAGGAGCAGGGGAUGGGGGCCCGGAGACAGGACCGCUGCCCCUUCUCCUCUCCCCCCAGCCCUGUCCCUCCUCCUCCUGUUACCACUGGCUGGUGCCCUACAGCCCACCUCACUGCCCUUUCCAGAACUCAGGCUGGUGGGGGGCCCAAGCCGCUGCCGGGGCCGCCUGGAGGUCCUACACGGGGGCUCCUGGGGCAGCGUCUGCGACGAUGACUGGGACGUGGUGGACGCCAAUGUGGUGUGUCGUCAGCUGGGCUGCGGCCUGGCGCUGCCCGUGCCCCGGCCCCUCGCCUUUGGCCAGGGCCGAGGCCCCAUCCUGCUGGACAACGUGGAGUGCCGCGGGCAGGAAGCCGCCCUGAGCGAGUGCAGCAGCCGAGGCUGGGGCGUGCACAACUGCUUCCACUACGAGGACGUGGCGGUCCUGUGUGACGAAUUCUUGCCCACGCAGCCCCCAACAAGGAGAGUGUUAACCAGCAGGGCACCCCCUACAACGCCCAAGAAUGGAAAAGGUGAGGGCAGCGUGCGCCUGGUCGGGGGCGCAGGCCCGUGCCAGGGCCGAGUGGAGAUCUUGCACGGUGGCCUGUGGGGCACCGUUUGUGAUGACGACUGGGGGCUGCCGGACGCCACCGUGGUGUGCCGCCAGCUGGGCUGCGGAGCGGCCCUGGCAGCCACCACCAACGCCUUCUUCGGCUACGGCACGGGGCACAUCCUGCUGGACAACGUGCACUGUGAGGGCGGCGAGCCCCGUCUAGCAGUCUGCCUGAGUCUGGGCUGGGGCGUGCACAACUGUGGCCACCACGAGGACGCCGGCGCGCUCUGCGCAGCCCUGGGCCACCCGACUCUCACAGCACUGCCACCGUUGGCCACAAGAGCGGACUGGGCCUGGCGCACAGAGCCAGAGGCUACAGGAGUUGGUGCCCUGCCUUCCAGGGAGCCCGCACGGCUCACCACUGCCGCCUGGGCGGCAGGGAAGAAAAGCGGGCGGCUGCGGCUGGUGGGUGGCCCGGGCCCGUGCCGCGGUCGCGUGGAGGUGCUGUACGCCGGGGGCUGGGGCACCGUGUGCGACGAUGACUGGGACUUCGCGGACGCGCGCGUGGCCUGCCGCGAGGCGGGCUGCGGGCCGGCGCUGGGCGCCACGGGCCUCGGCCACUUCGGCUACGGUCGCGGCCCCGUGUUGCUGGACAACGUGGGUUGCGCCGGCACGGAAGCCCGCCUCAGCGACUGCUUCCACCUGGGCUGGGGCCAGCACAACUGCGGCCACCAUGAGGAUGCGGGCGCACUCUGCUCAGGUCCAGAGGAGCUAGUUCAGCAGGAGGGUGCUGAGACCACCCGGGUGCCCACUCCUCGGCCCAGGGAUGGGCACCUACGUCUGGUCAACGGAGCCCACCGAUGUGAGGGGCGUGUGGAGCUCUUCCUAGGGCAGCGGUGGGGCACCGUCUGCGAUGAUGCUUGGGACCUGCGGGCAGCCGGCGUCUUGUGUCGCCAGCUGGGCUGUGGCCAGGCCCUGGCAGCCCCUGGUGAGGCCCACUUUGGCCCAGGCCGAGGCCCUAUUCUCCUGGACAACGUCAAGUGCCGUGGGGAUGAGGGUGCCCUGCUUCUGUGCUCUCACAUCCGCUGGGAUGCCCACAACUGUGACCACAGCGAGGAUGCCAGUGUCCUGUGCCAGCCGGCGUGA